AUGUUUCAAUGGAAAAUUCCUCUUGCAUGUCUCUUAUGCAUUUGCUUGGCUUACUGUGAGAUAACAGUAGACGUGAAAGGUGUUACGAAAAAGUUCGACCACUUUUGGGAAAGUACAGGUUUAUGCCCACCUGAUCCUAAAGACAAAAUUUAUGAAUUUCUACAAAGUGACGACGAAAAAUUCAAUUUAGCAUUAAUCGGGGCUUUGCCUAAUCAAGGAAUAAAACAAGUACGAAUUCACUGGUUGUUAAAUUUAAUUUUGACUGGGCCCCAUGGUUACAAUUUUACGUAUUUGGACAAUUUGCUGGGUUUUUUAACCGAUCGUGGGUUAAAACCACGGUUUGAGUUGAUGGGAUCGAGCGAAUUUUUAAAGUCUGGUGAACAAUUUUGGAGAGAUUUGGUUCAUGAAAUUGCAAGCCGAUACAUUGGCAAGUUUGGUGCAAAUGAAGUUGCGAGUUGGAAGUUUGAGUUGUGGAACGAGCCCGACUUGAAAAACUACAAUAUUUUAAAGUUUGCUCUUCCAGAGUAUUUGUCGUAUGUGGCGGGUUGUGCGGAAGGGUUGAGGGUUGCGUUCGAUGGUAGAGGCGUGUCAGCGAGUUUGGGAGGACCUGCGGGGUUAUUUAGAGAAGAAAACCACCCCCUCUGUUGGGGUCUUUUACAAGCCUGCUCUGCGAAUUCCCACUGCCCCAUACAAUUCAUUUCUUUUCACAGAAAGGGUGGCGGCACUGCCGAGGGAGUUUUAAAUGGAACUUUAGAGUUAUUGGAUUUGCUACACAAUAAGUUUCCCAAUCUUGCUGAAAUGCCAAUAGCAAAUGACGAGUCGGACAUCAUAACCACUUGGUCCGAUAGCUGGGAGUGGCGAGGAGAUGCAAGAUAUGCAGCGAUGGUGGUGAAAGUAAUAGCCGAACACUAUAAAUCAUUGACUUUGUCUAGAAAAUUGAAAAUAGAAUUGUUAAGCUUCGAUAACGGCUUCCUAAAUUACCACCCAUUCUAUUUCACACAAAGAACCCUGUUUGCGCGAUUUCAGAUGAAUCACACCGAUCCCCCUCACAGCCAAUUUAUUAAAAAGCCGGUGUAUGUGGCGAUGGGCCUGUUGGCCCUUCUUGGGGACGAAUAUUUGGCCGGAGGAUGUGAUUCAAACGAUUCUAUGUUAACCGUCCUGGCUACCAGGACAUCGGAUAUCAAUCAAUCAAAUGUGGGAAUCCUUGUAGCGUAUGCCGACAGUGACGAGGUCAAUAUUGAAACUAUCAAAUCCGUCAGGCUUCGUAUUAAUAAUCUAUCGAUCGGCAGCAGAUUUGUUGUUUAUUUACUGGAUAAUAUCCUAACUAAUCCCUACAGAUUCUGGCAUGAGCUGGGAAGGCCCGUUUUUCCGCCUAAAUUCCUCCGACAGCAGCUCAGAGAACACGAGGGUCCAUAUCGCCUAUUUGUGCCGACGAGCGUUUCAACAGCAAACCUCAAUAUCGCUCUUAAUUUAACCGUCCCCAGCGUGGCAUUGAUACAUAUUUGUUCAAAACCAUCAGCAAAUCCUGGCCCUGUGACAAAAUUAUCAAUUUCCAACGUAACACGAAAUGAAAUUUUAUUAACUUGGAGCGACGCUAAAAUUGAUACAAAGUGUAUCCGCACGUACGAAGUGGAAUUCGAGGCGAAAUGCGCCAACAGCUUGCGUUUCGAACGAGUGAAUACAAAUGAUGUAAUAUUUCUUUCCUAUCAUCAUGCACCGACAGGUGAUGGAGCGUGUGAGACGACCAUCGGCAGGUACCGAGUUCGUGCAGUGGACUAUUGGGACCAGCCGGGGAUCUAUUCCGAAAUCGUUUCCUUCCCUUAACUACGCUACAUAAAAUGUUAAACGCUUACAAACGCUCGACCCAUUAGGGAAAUUAUAUCUUUAGCCAAAUAAACGCUUUUAUCUGAUCCUCGCCCGGCGCAUCCACCAUUUUUACACGACACAAUUUGUUAAAUGUUUGAUUAUUUUGCAACGGAAUGUUAUUUUUUAUAUUAUCAACUAAUUUGUACACGACUUUCGUCGAACCUUGAAACUUGGCCACGUUGAAUUGUUUAAGUCUUCGUAAACAAAGCGACCAUAAAAUUUUAUGGCCAACUCCACAACUCUUGAUUAAAGUAAAUUUAAUAUAUGCUUGUAGAAUAAAUUUGCGAUAAAGUUAUUCGUAAGUCAUGCUGUAGCACACAUUUUAUAGCAGCAAGCGGCAAAAGUUUAAAUUUUUUACUACACCAAAGUAAUGCUCCGAAAUCUAGAAAACCCAUCACCUGGUGCACUGGUCUUAUUACUGUGCGGCAUGAUUAUAAAUUUUUAUGUCACAAACUUUUUUCUUAUUGCUUACUGUUUCUUUGUAGUUUUUUCUCUUACAUAUUUUCCAUUGAAGUUAUUUAACCAAAACAAUUUUUUAAUGUGGCUCUAAUUGCAGGUUGCAAAUAGUUUCUCUGGUACUAAGAAAAAUUUACUUGUACUAACAUUGUUUGUAAAAACUGAAAAUAAAAUCUAAAAAUUUGUGCAAAGUGUCCCGUCCGUUAUUACAGUUGUCCCUUUUGUUAAAAAAGAUGACUAUUAAAAGCGUGUGUGCAUUUAUCGCUUAAUUGAAGCGAACUUUUAUAUGGAGCGAAAAAUAUUCAGCGAUGAUAAAGUGGCAAAUAUCUUGGCACGUUUAACCGGAACACGAGCAUUUGUGUCUAGA